GGCUGCAGCAGGACGCAGCCGGAGCGGCGAUGGCUGAGUGACAUCUGAGUAUUUGUUGUGUGUGUUAUUUAUUUAUUAACUGUCAGCGAUGUGGAGCCCGUCGAGGAUUUAAUGGGACUGUGCUGUGCUCUGGUUUGUGUUUGUCGGACAUGGAGACUGUGUGCCCUUUUGGAUUGACUUUAAGCUGUUAAGUUCCCAUGAAAGUGACCGGACGUUUAUUUUGAAAUGUCAACAUCAAGCUACAGCUGGCACUGUGAGUAAGAGGGGUGCUGAUGACCUCAGUAAGCAGACAGAGGAUGCUUAACAUCACAGCAGUUUGGGAACCAUAAACUGGGCAGAGAGAGUCAUUCCACUGAGGAAUUAAGGUACCACUACUUCUUCAGCUCUGCAGCUCAAAUGAUGUCAAAUCUAAUUUACAGAGUCAGGGGCCAAAUGUCCUGCCCAGACAGGGUUUGCUUCAAACAUCUCAUCCUUUGUCAUUUGUCAGAAGAUACAAUGGCAAAGAUUGUUUGCAAGGCUGAAGCACAGGAGCCUCCUAGAUUCUAACCCUGUGGAUAUAAUGUAGCACAACUCUUCAGCAUGACUUAAAUGAACUCCCCCCAACCCCAACACGUUCAGGGAUGGAUCCCAUGAACCUUACAACUGUAAUCGACAACGGGUUUUUGGACGAGGCUCCGUCGAGCCGUGUCCUAACUGGCUGUUUCCUCUCGCUGCUCAUCCUCACCACCUUGCUGGGAAACAUGCUCGUUUGUGCUGCCGUCACCAAGUUUAGACAUCUGCGCUCCAAAGUGACCAACUUUUUUGUGAUCUCGCUGGCCGUGUCAGACCUCUUGGUUGCCAUCCUGGUGAUGCCGUGGAAAGCGGUGACAGAGAUCGCCGGGUUCUGGCCGUUUGGCUCCUUCUGUGACACCUGGGUGGCUUUUGACAUCAUGUGCUCCACUGCGUCCAUUUUGAACCUUUGUGUGAUAAGCCUGGACCGCUACUGGGCCAUCUCCAGCCCCUUUCGCUACGAGAGGAAGAUGACACCCAGGGUUGCCUAUGUGAUGAUCAGUGUGACCUGGACACUAUCUGUGCUAAUUUCCUUCAUCCCGGUGCAGCUCAACUGGCACAAGGCCCAAACUAAAUCCUACACCCCUCUGACUGGGUCCUCUAGCUCUUCAGGUUUCAAUGCUACAUCUUACCGCAGCCCAGAGAACUGUGACUCGAGCCUGAAUAGGACCUACGCCAUCUCCACCUCCCUUAUAAGCUUUUACAUCCCUGUGGCCAUCAUGGUGGCCACCUACACCCAAAUAUACCGCAUUGCCCACAGACAAAUCAGGAGGAUUUCUGCCCUGGAGCGCGCGGCUGAAAGUGCCAAGAACAGACACGACAGCAUGGGCGGAGGCUCCAGCAUCGCAGAUUCUGAGAGCUCUUUCAAAAUGACGUUCAAGAGGGAGACCAAGGUGCUGAAGACGCUGUCAGUAAUCAUGGGGGUGUUUGUGUGCUGCUGGCUUCCGUUCUUUAUCCUCAACUGCAUGGUGCCGUUCUGCGAGCAGUCGAGCGGAGGGGAGGCUUUCCCUUGUAUCAGCCCCACCACGUUUGACGUGUUCGUGUGGUUCGGCUGGGCUAACUCCUCCCUCAACCCCAUCAUCUAUGCCUUCAAUGCAGAUUUCCGCAAGGCCUUCUCCAUCCUGCUGGGCUGCCACAGACUGUAUCCAGGAGGCCACAACAUAGAGACAGUCAGUCUAAACAAGAAAUGACUCAUGACUCUCUCACAGCACUGACUCAUCCUUAAUGCUAAGAGUCCUAGUUCCUGUAGAGGCCGGUCUGAUCGACUUCAAACGAGGAUGCUGCUCUCUGUGCUGACUCGUAGUGUGACUGAAGGAUACGGUGACCCUACAUGUACCCGUGUUUGCAUUAGGCGAGUGGCCUGUCCGCGUGCAGACUGUCAGAGUGAGCUCGCCGUGCUCACCGCAAUUGCUGCACCGUCUUCAAGUGGAAGAUGCUCCUGAAAGAGGAGAGGGGAUUUAGGGAUUGAGAUUAAGACUCUUCGCUGUUGUGCCAGGAAGCUGGGAGCGCAGCGGUGCUGACACGCCCCUGGGAUAGAUAAUCCCAUGACUGGGCAGCACACACCCUAAUGCUGUCAGACACCGCUCUCUUCAAUACCAUCACACACACGUACACAAACACAAACAUUGUCAAAACAUGCUCCUCCAAAUUUAGUGUAAAUGCAGCACCCAGCAUGCACUCUAUGACAAAGUACAUGACAGCACACAGAAAUACUGUUACUCAUUACAUUAACAUCCUGUGCUCUGCGAGGAGUCCAGCAGUAAAGCGUCAAACCAAAUCAUGUUUAAGAUGAGCAUGUAGGUUAAGUACAUCCACAUGUGAUUAAAUAUUAAAGCAAGAAUGAACCCAGAUUUGAUUUUACAUCUAUUAAUGUUGUGAUUUUAGAAGAAAGUUCUGAGAAGUCGUCUCUUUUGGAGGUGAAAGUACACAGACGUGAAAAAUGCAGCUUGUAUCUCACGGCUGGUUCACAAUUUAUAGCUCAUCCAAAUGUCAGAUCAUUGUGACUUUAAACCAAAUUUACUCAACAGACACCUCAUAAAGUAUUUGUUAGUCGCUUGAAAGUGUUUUAUGGAUGAGUCUCAUAUUUGUGUCCUGUAUUUUUUGCAAACAACAGCUGAUGACCUCUUUUAAGGAGAAGACACUGACCUAAACAAAGGUGUUGCUUGACCUGUGGUGUCUUUGACUAUUGUGACCAUGUAGGAGCUGAAUGAACUGUCUGAAUGUUAUGUUUGGAUUAAUCAAUUUUAAUUAGCUCUUUAAAGUGAAUUACUAAAGGAUAAUCUUGCUUUAUAACAACAUAGGUUUGGCUGUCAGUCAGAUGCAGACAGAUGAUCAGACUAGUUGAAAAUCUGCCCACAGAUCAUUGAAGCCACUACAUUUGGAGACGAAACCAAAAGUCUGCACGUAAUUAGUUUGACUUAUUUUGAAAGCAAAUAAUCUAAUCUGAAACUGUGUUGUGGAACGAACAUUCAUCUGAUACUUCUGCUGCCUCUUGUGAGCGACAAGCUAAUAUUACCGUAAUGCAGUUGCAUUUUACAAAACUUACAUUUAUUGUAAGGUGGUGCACUUUAGUGGCACUAGAAAUUAAUAUCAGCACAGAGUAGGAAGUGUGGAGAUGUGGUAUAAAAAAAAUGAUAAAGCACUGUUGUAUAGAGAUCAAAGAUAAACCCAUGGGGGGAUAUCUCCGACUUCUUUUACUAACAAUGUAGCGUAGUAUGCUAGUAUGCAUUAGCCAAAAGAAUAAUAGCAGAGUUUGCCUUUUUUCAUGUAAACUUGGCUAAGCUGAGGGUGUGUUUGAAACCUGUGAUCUGAUUAUCAGACCUAGAGUUGUCUGGCUUUGGUCUGAAUCAGGGACUAACUUUGUUACAAAGUUGCAUA